AUGAACAAAUUUUGUAUUCAAAGGGUGCUGCACUUUCGGAAGCGCACAUUGCUAGUCCCGGUAUUACCGAAAAGGCAGAAAGGAGCAUUCUCCGGCGCUGCACUUGUUCAAGCAACCCCAAAAAGUAUCCAGCCAUAUCUCAGGCUUAUGCGUGUCGAUAAGCCAACAGGUGUGUGGUUGCUAUACUGGCCCUGUACUUGGUCCAUAUCACUGGCUACACCAGCAGGACUGUUGCCUGAUCCGAAAAUGCUGGCCCUGUUUGGCGCCGGUGCAUUCCUGAUGCGAUCAGCUGGUUGCAUAGUCAACGAUAUAUUCGAUAAAGACUUCGAUAAAAUGGUUGAGCGGACACGUUCAAGGCCACUAGCCAGCGGCGAACUUACUGAUCGUGAUGCCGUCAUGCUGUUAUCAGUUUUGUUAUCUGCAUCAUUGGGAAUAUUGCUGCAGUUCAAUUGGCUCAGUGUUGCUAUUGGUGCAAGCUCGUUAUCGCUGGUUUUUGCAUAUCCUUUUGCUAAACGCUACACCUAUUGGCCGCAAUUUGUGCUCGGUAAUAGUUAA